AUGGCGGAAAACCGGUAUCGUCCAAGUUCACCUCCCGGACGCCGAUAUGCUGACCCCCGUGCGUCUACCGGCAUGGUGUUCUCGUCUUCGUUCGAUCCCCGCUAUUCUACGCAGCCACGAAGCGUGGUCGAUUCUCUGCCGGUUGCGCGACAUGGGAGCGUUUACGCAACACAAGGCGUGGCGAGGAAGACAUUUCUUGAUGACAGUCAUCCUGGCGGAGGAUCUACAAUUAGGACCGAGUACACUGUCCGUCCAAGGAACAACUCAACAAUCGGCUCCGAGUCUCGCAGACCCGUCAGCGCAUUCAUAUCCAGACCUCCCUCACCUCCACGUGUUCGGCCAACUGUUGUCACCAGCUCAACACGUGAUGACCCAAGAAUUCCUGCCAUAGUUUCUGCGGGUGGUGACAGAUACCUUGUGCCCGCCGCAUCACAUCCUCGACAUCAUCAUAGACAUUCAAGCGCAACGAGGGCGGAACAGGACCGCCUGGGUCCUGGGAGAGGUCAUCGACAACCGGAAUAUCAUCGCCGUGGUGGCUACAAUGUCCCAUUACAAGGUGAAGGCUUUUCCUACACUACGCCGAAGGAGCACUUCCUACAGGAGUCGUCCAGGCCUCCACAGAGGACCGAAAGUUACAGCAGGCGGGAGCGACCGACCAGUGUAAUUGACCUUCCGGAAUACAGACUCCCGUCGAGAAGGGACGGCCCGCCCCCUUCUUCUACUCGUGUGCUCGAUAGGAUCGAAAGAUCUGAUCCCUACCGUGGUAGCGCUGCCCGCAUUCACGACUACGAAGACCGCCCAGCCGAGAUUGUGUCUCGGCAGCGAUCGACAAGGGCACCAGUUGUACAUCACUAUCGGGACGAUGGCUAUGCCUCAGCCCGGGAGGAGCUCGAUCCGCGUAUUGCACCAAAGCGACACGGACCCGUCGAUGACGAUGAAAGAGCCCUCAAAGCCAAAUACCGUGAUGAUCGGGAAAGGGAGCUCGUACGUGCGCCACCACGCGAGUCAGAGCGCGUCCGGGAUCGAGAAAGAGAAAGAGAGAGAGAGAGAGACAGAGACAGAGAUAGAGAGAAUGACCGAGACAGAGACAGAGACCGUGACCGAGAUAGAUUGCGAGAAAUUGAUAGAAAUGUACGAGGAGGUGAGGAACGUCGGCCACCUCGAAGUCGUGAGGACAGUCCAGAACAUCCAGGCCCGCGAAAAGGUCUUGCCGCAGCCGCGGGUUUGGCUGCCGCGGGUGCGCUCGCCGGCGCAGCUGUCAAGAAUGUGAAGAACACUCAAGAUGACUCUGGGAGUGAUGAUCAUCAAGAUCGUAAACACCGGAGAAGGAGACAUCAUCAUGCCAACGACGCACCCAGUCCAGACGAACUCGCGGGCCGUAUCGAGCGCGAUCUCACUUUGAAGAACGGGGAUCGCUCAUCUCAUGAUCGGCGGAGGGAUGACGGCAGGGCUGGGGAUGCCGAGAGUGGCCGUGAGGACCAGUCUGAUCCCAGGAAACGACACCGCCGGCGACACCGCGAUAGAAGUCGCCGCGGGGAUGAAUCGGAUACAACGGAUGAAACUGGGGCCAGAGAACGUCGUGAACGGCAGACCGAGACCGAGAGAGAUGCUGACUUGCGCGAGCCUCCUCGCUCGCGCCACGAUAGGGCACCGUCCCGUGAUGCUGCCAGAGAUGAAACUGCCGCUCUGGACCAACACACUGUCCCGCCAAGCAAUGAAGAAGAUGGCCGCUCCCGACGCGUUCAACUCGUGGAGCCUACGGAAAAGAAGGAGGAGUUCAGGCCAAAGGGUAUACUCAAGCCACCUCGCGAAGUACCUUUCCCCGAAGACCCGCAUCCUGAGCGUGAGGGUGUGGCCCCUCUCAAGGACGCAACCAAGGACGGAAUACCGCCACAGGCCCGCUGGACCAAGAUCAGUCGUGCCCUGGUGAAUCCGGAGGCUCUGGAAAAGGCACAUGAAAGAUUCGAAGAAAGAGAUGACUACGUGAUCGUGUUGCGUGUGGUGUCCAGGGAAGAGAUCAUGAAGUUCGCGGAAAGGACCAAGGAGAUCAGAGAAGCUCGUGAGCGACAAUGGCAAGCCGAACUUGAACAGCGUCGCCGCCGACGCAAGGAGGCGCGUGGGUACAGUGAUAGCAGUGACGGCGACAGCGAUGGUGGACGGCGACCACGGCUAGCGAUCGAUCAGGCUCCGCUCAUCCAAGGAGAUCCUAGGGCAUACUUUACACAGCAGCAACUGAGGGACCAUGCCGUGCCUGUGAGUAUUCCAGGACAGACCGGUGUGGCUCCGCCUCAAGUUGCUGCGCCCGUCGCGGCGCGCCCACCACCGCAGACGCACGAAAUACCAAUCCCCGACAUCCGAGUCGAGCCUCAUACUGCCCAUUAUUCGACGAACGUUUGA